UUCAAGCUAAAAAAGAAUGUGGAGGUUGAAGAUAGGAGAGGGUAGCAAUGACCCUUACCUCUUUAGUACAAAUAACUUUACCGGAAGACAAACAUGGGUGUUUGACCCUGAGGCUGGUACCCCAGAAGAGCGAGCUGAAGUUGAAGAGGCUCGCCAAAAUUUCUACAAGAAUCGACGUCAAGUCAGGGCUAGCAGUGAUCUUCUAUGGCGAAUGAAGUUUUUGAGAGAGAAAAACUUCAAGCAAACAGUUCCCCCAGUAAAGAUUUUGGAUGAAGAGGAAAUCACAUAUGAAAAGGCUACGAGUGCAUUGAGGAGGGCUGUCCAUUUCUAUGCCGCCUUGCAGUCUUGUGAUGGCCAUUGGCCUGCUGAAAAUGCUGGCCCAAUGUUUUUCCAUCCUCCCUUUGUAUUUUGUUUGUACAUUACAGGACAUAUUAAUAUGGUUUUCCCCGCUGAGUAUCGAAAAGAAAUACUUCGUUACAUAUACAACCAUCAGAAUGAAGACGGUGGUUGGGGACUUCACAUAGAAGGCCAUAGCAUCAUGUUCUGUACAGUUUUCAACUACAUUUGCAUGCGUAUGCUUGGGGAAGGACCUGAUGGUGGUCAGGACAGUGCUUGUGUAAGAGCACGAAAAUGGAUCCUUGAUCAUGGUGGUGCAACACACAUACCUUCUUGGGGAAAGGCUUGGCUUUCGAUACUUGGUUUGUUUGAAUGGAGUGGAACCAACCCAAUGCCCCCAGAAUUUUGGCUCCUUCCCACCUUUCUUCCCAUUCAUCCAGCAAAAAUGUGGGUCUACUGUCGGGUGGUGUACAUGCCUUUUUCAUACUUAUACGGGAAAAGGUUUGUUGGGCCAAUCACAUCUCUUAUUCUUCAAUUAAGGGAAGAACUCUACACUCAACCUUACAGUGAAGUUAAUUGGAGAAAAGUGCGUAAUCUAUGUGCAAAGGAGGAUGUCUAUUGUCCCAAAUUUUGGAUACAAGAUAUGCUUUGGGAUAGUCUAUACAUAUUAGCUGAGCCAUUUCUUACUCGUUGGCCAUUAAAUAAGUUUGUCAGAGAGAAAGCACUUCAAGUAACAAUGGAGCACAUUCAUUAUGAAGAUGAAGUUAGUAGAUACAUUACCAUUGGGGGUGUUGGAAAGGCAAUAUCUAUGCUUUGCUGUUGGGUUGAUGAUCCAGAUGGGGAUUAUUUCAAGAAGCAUCUUGCUAGGUUGAAAGAAUACAUAUGGGUUGCUGAAGAUGGAAUCAAGAUGCAAAGUUUUGGUAGUCAAUCGUGGGAUGCUAGUUUGGCUAUUCAAGCUCUUAUUGCUAGUGAUCUCACAAAUGAAAUUGGCCCUGUGUUGGCGAGAGGGCACGACUUCUUAAAAAAAUCUCAGGUCAGGGACAAUCCUCUUGGAGACUUUAAAAGAAUGUAUCGUCACAUUUCUAAGGGAUCAUGGACUUUCUCUGAUCAAGAUAAUGGAUUACAAGUUUCUGAUUGCACUGCAGAAUGUUUGAGGUGCUGCUUGCUUUUGUCAAGGAUGCCACCUGGGAUUGUUGGUGAGAAAAUGGAACCUGAGCAAUUGUUUGAUGCUGUAAAUAUCAUACUUUAUUUACAGAGUAAAAAUGGUGGUUUGGCUGCCUGGGAGCCUGCAGGAGCUCAAGAAUGGUUGGAAAUGCUUAAUCCCGUAGAAUUCUAUGCUGACAUUAUCAUUGAGCAUGAAUAUGUUGAAUGCACCGCGUCAGCAAUCCAAGCUUUAGUUUUGUUUAAGACGUUGUACCCUGAGCACAGGAAGAAAGAAAUUGAGGAUUUCAUUACAAAUGCUGUCAGAUACAUUGAAAACAUGCAAAUGUUAGAUGGUUCGUGGAAUGGAAACUGGGGAAUCUGUUUUUUGUAUGGUACAUGGUUUGCCCUUGGCGGGUUAGCUGCAGCUGGAAAAACUUACUACAAUUGUCCUGCCAUGCGCAAAGGAGUUGAUUUUCUUCUCAAAACACAAAAAGGUGAUGGUGGUUGGGGAGAGAGCUAUCUUUCAUGCCCAAAAAUGGAAUACAUACCUCUUGAAGGAAACCAAUCGAAUUUGGUACAAAUUGCUUGGGCUAUGAUGGGCCUUAUUCAUGCUGGACAGGCUGAAAGAGACCCAACACCUCUUCACCGCUCAGCAAAAUUGAUAAUCAAUUCCCAAUUGGAAGAUGGAGAUUUUCCUCAACAGGAAACCACCGGAGUCCACAUGAAGAAUUGUAUGUUGCACUAUUCAGCAUACAGAAAUGUUUUCCCAUUGUGGGCUCUUGCAGAAUACCGCAAGUGUGUUCCAUUGCCAUCCAAAACAAUGUAACUCAGAGCGGCGUUGCGAGUUGUUGAUUCUCUUACUAUUGUGUCAUUUACUUUUCUGUCUUAUUCACCAAUACUUUCUAUCUCUUUAGCAAUUGUUGAUGUAUGUGUAGAAGUUUAUUAUGGCCUCCAAAAUAAAUGGGAGUAAGAUAUACAAUAUUAUAUGGUAUUGUUAAAUAAUGAUGGACUGGGUGUUUGUUUA